AUGCCGGGAGGAGCACCACCUACCAUGGCCUCAAGAGCUACCCUUUUUGGUCAACGGGCAUUUGCAGAUCGGAGAGUACCUAUACCAACACCUUUAUCUCAAGCUAACUCUAAUUCUAUCUCAAGUAUGGCGAAUCUGUCAAGGUUUAAUGCCAGUAGUAAUUACCAUUCUGUGUUCGGAGAGGGGGGCGACACAUCGACACCUCCUUUACUGGACCUGAGUGAAUUCCCUUCGCUAACGGCAAGAGGCGCUGGUGACCAAGCACCUGCCGCAGCGCCGCCGCCGCCUGGCUCUAAACCGUACGUGGGUAUGGUUAAGCAGCCAACAUCGGAGCAAUCUGAGUUCACGAUGUCAUCGGAAGACUUCCCCGCGUUACCGGGCACGAGUACGGGCGGCGCAGCAGUCGCGAAUGCCACUGCGCACGUCGCGGCGCAUUCAACGCAAGCCACUCACCCUGCGCAUGCGCCUCAGACACUAGAAUAUGCAAACCACAAUGACGCUAAGCCACGGAAAGGGAUACAGACCUCGCCAGAUGUUGUCAGUCAAGGAGCGCAUACGGAAACCUACGGCAAAGUGACGAAUAUACCGGAGACAAUGAUACCAAACCAGUUUGGUAUUGUGGGACUGUUAACGUUUAUUCGCGCGGCAGAGUCCGACCCAAGUCUGGUAUCAUUAGCAUUAGGUCAGGACUUGACUGCCCUUGGAUUGAAUUUAAACUCACCUGACAACCUUUACCUUACCUUUGCUGGACCUUGGGCGGAUACGCCCUGCAGGCCACAAGACAUGGACUAUCACGUGCCUCCCGAGUAUCUGAUAAAUGGAGCUAUUAGGGAAAAAUUGGCGCCCUUACGACUGAGUCGAUAUAAGGAAGAUCUAUUAUUCUAUUUAUUUUACUGCUUCGUGGGCGACGUGCUACAAAUUGCAGCAGCAGCCGAAUUAUAUAACCGCGAAUGGCGGUAUCAUAUGGAGGAGAAGGUGUGGAUCUCGCAAGCGCCCGGCAUGCCUAUGGUGGAAAAAACGUCCACUUACGAGCGCGGCACCUACUAUUUUUUUGACGCGCACAAUUGGCGCAAGGUAACUUGA